GAGAUCACUUGUCCCGAACGCCAUCGCGCCUUGACGCGUCUUGCACGCGUCCCCCAUUCGAACCAGACAUGUUUCCCACAACCUUCGACGCGCCUCCCCCGCCCGCCACAGAGGUUGUUGUGAGCGAAAUUCUGCGGAAACAGACGUCCUUCAAGUGGCAUAGCAGCUUCGAGCGCCUCAACCGCUGCCAGCCGGGUAUUGCUGGGCUACUCGAAUUCGGUCGCGCAUGGAUACUGCUUGCGGAUGCGCUGCAGCCACGAAACAUCAAUGAUCCUGGAUGGCAAAGAGACGAUCUUGAUUCGGUUGCGGUGAACGCAGCCGUGACUAUUGUGAAUGAUACGAAGCGGCUACCUGUGCUUUUAGAGGUGUUCCUUGGUCCGUGACCUACAGGAUCUACUUCAAGCGACUCCCUAACCCGCACG